UUGUAAAUUCAAUUUACAUGGAAUAACAAAGAAAUAUUGAUUAAAUUGUACAUAUUUAUUUUUACAAUUAUGCGCCGAUCAUAAAAUAAUCGCGAGAGCCGGCGGCGCCCGCGCGAUAAACAUAUUCUGAAAAAGCAUUAGACGCCGGCGAUCGCCUCGGAGCUCGAAGUCAGAAAACGUUAGAUGGGGGAAGAGGCAGAGGAGAAAGGGACAAACUCAGCCGCGAACGUAGCCGAGUGCGCGACGGCUCACGCCGAUCGCAGCCGAGCGCGCGUGCCUCACGGAUAGGGGGAGUGCGAUGUGUGCGUGAGCGUGCCCGGGCUUGAAAUCGCAUCACAGGACUGGCCAUCAUCAGGGGGCCACUUUUAAUUGGUCCGACUGCCACCAGACGACGCAACGAUUUUGUAAUACAGAGUUCUUUUAUAUUUAAGUUUUUCUAAGUUCUUUUUCAGUAAUUAGAGCCACCGCACAAGCUUUUCGUAACACGAUUUAUUUACAGGUAUGCAACUUUUAAACCCAAAAAUCUGCCUUUCUAACACUACCAGACCAAAAUUUUGUGAUCUUCCCUUUAUUGAUAUAUUUAUUAAUGCAAAUGAUUUGAGUACAGCUGAAGUUGAAUACAAUUCAUUAAUUAAUGUUAACUGGAAUUUUUUAUACGGAAAUAAUAUAUUUGAAAGUAGUUUUAGUUUUUGGCCUAUUGUAGCACAACAUAAGAAUGCUGGAAAUUUUUUAGCUUUUAAUACAAUAGCACAAUAUGUUUUGAAAAUUCUAACUUUGCCAAUGUCAAAUGCAGCGGUCGAAAGGGUCUUUAGUGUUAUGAAUGCAUCAAAGGACAAAAUGAGAAACAGAAUGGCAACUGAAAUGUUAAAUGCACUACUCAUGAUUAAGUCACAUUGUUAUGCAAACCAAUUUUGUUGUAGAAAUUUUGUUUGCACACAGCAAAUGUUGGAAAACUUUAAUAAUAAACAUAUGUAUUUAUGUAAAAACACAAAUGCGUUUGAAGAUGAGCAAUAUAAAGAAGAUAUGUAUAUCGUAGAGGCUGUGAAUGAAGAUAAUAAUGUUGACAAAACUACAAACUUUUGUAGUUCAAAAUAAAUUAUAGAAUAUGCUACAGAAUAAGAUGCAUGAUUAAAAUAUACUUUUAUAGAGAAAUAAAAUCUCGUUUUCUUUUCUUCGCACAUUCGCAUUCUUGUCAAUUAAAAAAUAUCGAUUUAACUGUAAUACUACUACCUAACUAAUUAACUUUAUUCAGUUUUUUUAGAUAACAUAAUAGAAGUACACAAAAUAAUAGAAUAUUUACGAUUAAAAUCUUUUUAGUUCCAUGAAAUGAGUAUUGUUAAAAAUCUGUCCUGUAAUAUGCUUUUAAAAUGUUUUCAAACGUUUUGGUGCAAAAAUGUUGCCAGGACUGGCGCAAUGUGGCGCAUUCGGUUGCCAGGACUGGCGCAUUGAUGUAUCUAAAACCUGGCAACCCUGCGUUCUGAUGAUCCGAUCGUGAUACACAACGGUUUUUCUUCGCGUGUUUGGCCGCGCGUUUUCCUUUCGCUCUCAUGCUACGCAAGAAAUAACGCACGGGUGACAACGUAUCUGCCGACAGUUUUGUCGUAACGCGCGCACUUGGCGUUCGGUUUGUCGCCUGGCUAUCGUGUCUCACGCCCAACCGAGUCGAGGGACGAUAACCUAAUUCGUCGACGAUUACGUGGACGGUUGCUUAAUUUGCCCGUAGGACACACACGGAAAAAUGGAGAAGAACAUAGGUCUUCAUGCGGCUCAACCUUCGGCUCCUCUACCAACGGCUCCGCCGUCUUACGAGGAAGCCAUAGCUAACACAGGAGGAGCACCACCAGUUCUUCCCACACCAUACCCCUUGGGAAACACGCCAAUACAAAUGCCUAUGCCAUACAGUCAGCCGCCAAAUCAAACAACAAUGCCUACACCGUCAGUUUACCCGGGCUCGAGCCAAUCAACAUCACAACCGCGGAGUUUCAACGCGGAGUUGAAUUCCGUACCGCAGACGGAAGUACGGGUCAUUCAACAACACGUAGUGUAUACUCUCGGGCCAAACGCAGUAAAAAUGACCUGUCCGACAUGUCACGCCGAUAUCAAAACUACCACAAUAUCGGAUCAUCAACCGAGCGCUCACAUUUGCUGCAUUGUACUUUGCUUACUUGGAUGCUGCCUCUGUUCAUGCCUGCCAUACUGUAUGAAUGCUUUCAUGAGCGUUCAUCACUUCUGUCCAAACUGCAAAAAUUAUAUUGGCACGUGGAAAGGUUGAUUUUAAAAUUACAAGUGCGAAUUACAUUUAGAUUCCAGCCUCCCGUGUAUCGAGAUGCUUUACAAAUUUAUAAAGAGCUGAUCGAUAUCCCUUCGCUUAUCACACAGGACAGGAAAGAAGAAUCGUUAAGAGUGUAAGUUACAUAUUCUUACGUGAUUCUUCAAACUUAAAAAGAUCAUUGCAUUAUAAUACGCGAAUAAAAAUUUAUCGAAGUCAAGUUCUGUUUAAUCUAACAUGUGUGAAAUUUAGAAGAUAUAGAUGAGUAUAUGAACUCUAGAUUGUGACAGAUAAAAGUGACAUUGAUUAUGAAUAUCACAGACUUUUAUAUAAUAAUACUAGAUAUUUAUAUUUUAUAUUUUAAAACAUGCAAUUGUAAGGCAAGAAGUGAUACAAAGUGUGAUUUAUAAGGAAAGAAUUACAAAUAUAUUUCGCAAAGGCAGACCUAAUAUACGAAGAAAAUAAUCCUUUUCUAUUUUUCUAAAUUCUUUUUUUAUUAUCUUAUUGCAAAGAAAUUUAUAAAAAAUAUUAGUUAAUUGCGUUCUGCAUAUUCAUGUGACUUUACUUUUUGCCUUUCCAGAACAUAAUAAAAUUCUCAUUAAAUUAUUUAGUUUUUUAAAUAAAAAUGUUAGAAUUAUAUACAAUAAAAAUAAAAUAUAUUAAUAUUUUAGUUGUAUAUAAAAUUAAUAUUUUUUAAUAUUUAAAUUUACGUGAUUUUAUAAUGAGAUUUACUUAAAUAGGAAUUUUAUUUGAAACAUUAUCAUUAACAUAGUACUAAUCUAGUAUAUUAUAUAGAAGUCUUUUGUGCUUUUAGAUUUUCAUUGUAAAAUAAAAAUUAUAUAUGCGAUGUCAUCGUUGGAAAGUUGGAGACGAGAAUACUUUUGGACACUUUUAUUGUUUUACGUUAUUUAAAUUUGAAUUAUUCAAAUUUGAUCUCGAAUAUUUUAGGUGUUACAAUAUAAUGUUGUAAUUAUACUAUUUUAUAAUAGUAUAUUAGUAUACUAUUUUAUAUAGUAAUUUUAUAUGCUUAAUGAAUUCAAUUAUAUUAUGAUAUUCAUAAGUAUAAACAAAGUAGACGAAAUAAUGAUAACUAUGAAAGCCGUUUUAUUUCGUGUCCAAAAUAUUAUUCUCGUGUAUUUUUAUUUUUAUAUUAUACCAAAUAUAUAACUUGGAAGAAUAGUAUUUACAAAGAAUAUAAACUAGUUUUCUUCCUAUGAAACUUGAUAUGCGGCAGCAUAAGUAUAUAUCUAAGCGUGCCUCCGCGAAUUUAGCCGAAUAUAUAUCAUAUAAGCGCAUUAUAAAAAAAUAACAUAUAUUUUUUACAAUGAAAGAAGGUUUACAAACCUCUAGCAUGAUAAGGGCAUAUAAGUUACAUUUAAUUUUUUAUUUAAAAAAUUAUUUAUAUUUAUGCAAAGAAAAUAAAACUGAUAAGCAUUAGGGCAGCAGAAGAGAAAUCUUUUAAAAGUGACUUUCGUGUCUUGCGGCAUCGUAAUCUGAUGUGUUCCAUACUUUCUUUAUCCCAAGUCAGAUUAAGAAGUAUAAUCUUGAAUAAUAUAAUUUCUCGGUGUUAGACCGAACUUUCUCUGGUUUAUAUCAUUUAAGUUUCAAUAACUGUUUCAUCAUGUGGUAUCAAUAGAUUCACGAGCAUUUAAACUUUUCCAUCUUGUAUUCUGAUAUUUUAUAUUAAAAUUUUUCUAGCAGGUUUCCACAUUUCACUGAAAAAUUACUUUUUAAUUUUUACUAAAAAAUUAAUAUGCAAUUCAAAUUUCAUAUUAGUUAUUAAUUUAAUAUACGAUUUUAUUAUUUAAUUUGUUUUUAACAGUAUAUUUAGACAGUACAAUAGAGACUGGAGAGAUAUAUUUACUGUAGGUAAAUUUAUAAUAGCAUAGUCUUAUUGAAACGUCAAGAAUUGUGAUGGAUGCAUUUGUCGAUUAUAAGUUUCGAAUUUUAAAAUCCACAAUAAGUUAGAUAAGUGAAACAGAUUGACCUGUGCAUUAUUGUUCUUACUUUCUUACAUAUAUCAUGACAUAAUUUUGCCUGUAUAUUAACCUAGAUAGCCAAACAGAUAACAUUCCACAACGAGUGAGUUUGAUGAACAGUUCAAGAGAUAUAACGCAGUAUUUCUCAAUCAUUUAAAUUUAUUUUAUAUUCAUCUUUUAUUUUUCUAAAUUUUUAUAGCUAUAGAAAAAGAAUCUAUUUUUUCAAGCAGUAUUAAAUUAGUAUUACAGUUUAGUAUUAUAGGAUAACAUCAAGCUUCCAAUAAAAGAUUUUAUGAUAUACUUGUUCAUUUUUUUAAAGAUUACUUUUGAGCGAUAGCAUUUUACAAAUAUCAAAAUGAGCAAUGCUUUAUUAAUUGAGAAACACUGCUUUGAUGAAAUUCACAAACCAAUAUAUAUAUGUGCGUGUGUGCGUGUGUGCGUGCGUGCGUGCGUGCGUGCGUGUGUGCGUGUGCGUGCGUGCGUGCGUGCGUGCGUGUGCGUGCGUGCGUGCGUGCGUGCGUGCGUGCGUGCGUGCGUGCGUGUGUGUGUGUGUGUGUGUGUGUGUGUGUGUGUGUGUGUGUGUGUGUGUGUGUGUGUGUGUGUGUGUAAUCAUAUUUUUUAUAUCUAUUUCUCUGUUAUCCCUAUAUCAAUGACUGUUAAUAAAAGUUUUGUUACUUGGUUAAAUGAUUAGCAAUUAACAACCAAUAGCAGUAACUAUUAGACACAAUCACAGAUAAAUAAAUUAAUUUUAUACUAUGUUCUUAUUUACCAUGUUCAACCAACUAUUUUUUAAAGUUCAAGAUUUAUUCACCAAAUAAUGUUUAUUUUUAUUUUGUACAGUUUCAAAGAAACAAAAUCUUAUAAUUUUAAAUAAAUUAUGCAAAUAAUAACAUUGGGGUUUUAUAUGACGUAGUUUUAAAAUACAUUAUAUGUUUUUCUAUAAUUACGAUGUAUUUUAAUUUUAUUUAAUUACUAUUAAAUGGUAGCUUAGGUCCAUUUUAUUAUUCAUUGCGAUUUAUUAAAUGUACGACAUUUGUUAAGAAUAUGUCUUCAAUGGUGCCAGAAUGUAGUAAAUAGCACAGUAUAAGUAAAUAACUAUUAAUCAUUAUUCUAAGACAUUUGUUUAUUUAGCAUGUCUUCUACGAAGAAUCUUUUUUAAUUUGAAGAAAUGUAGUACUGGAAAACACCUGAGAAUGUUUGGCAGUGAAAAAUUAAAGCUUUGCAGAGAAAUGCCAAAAUAAUAAAAA